AUGACUGGAAAGCCAUGCAGUGUAGCCUGUUUCCGCGGGUCCUCAGCAAUGCUUCCUGAGGAUGGGAUGGUAUCAGUUUACUGCCAGAGAAGAGGGGAUACGGCAACAAUCACCGUCACAGACUGCCGGCGGGAAACCUUAUUCCUACUCCCUGGGGGGGACCCUCUCACGGGCAUGCUCCUCGCCUGGACCUCUGAGUUUUUCGAGGGGCAGCUUUUCAAACUUUUCAAGUCCAAGCUGGACGUGCAAAAGCAACAGUCUCGUGGGGUCAUCGCCCUGGCUACUUCCAUCUACAUUGCCAUUGGCUUCGUUGUGUUCAUCUUCAUCCCCGGAGCAGUGUUCAUGGCCCUGGAGCAGUGGUCCUAUAUUGAAGGCAUCUACUUCGCCUACAUCACCCUCACAACCAUAGGCUUUGGUGACUUCGUAACAGGUCGACAUUUCGAGGGAGGGACGCUGUACGUGUACCAGAUCUGCGUCAUCCUGUGGACCUUGAUCGGGCUGGGUUACUGGGUGAUGGUGGCCAACUUCAUCACCAAGGCCCUCAAGUCGAAGCGGCUACAGACCUCCGUCAUGCGUAGCGCCGAGGAGAUGAGAAAGAUCAUGCAGCAGAUGGGCAUCAAGCAACACGACCCGACGUUUCUCAGGCAGCACUCGAAGGCCACCCUCAAUCUUAUACUUCAGGUAAGCUGGGAGUAGGUGACAAGGAAACUAUUGAAGCUAAGC